GCGCUGUUUACAACUUUAUCGAUUUCAAGACCGUUGGGGGCUCUAUGAAAAUCGAUUUGACGAUUAGAACGACGAAAAGAAUCGCGACUCCAUUUCUCUCGUCCUCCCCACCCGCAACAGACUGUGAGUAGGGGUGAGUCGGGUGAGUGACCAUGGCCUCGUUCUUUGGGGAGGUGCUGCCCGUGUUUUCACGAGCGGGGAGCGACGAGGAGAGCGGAGACGACGAGGAGAGUGAAGAGGAGGAGAGUCGUGUGGUGAUGUCCUGGAGUGAUGGCACAAUCCCAUCCUCCUGCUGCACACUCAUCCUCGCUACAGGAGAACACGCUCUUGGGUUCGUGCAAGUAUUUGUGCUGGGUUUGGGGGGUCAAUCAUGGGUGCAGAGGGGGUCCUUGCACCCACAGGGCACGACCCCUGCCCCCCCUGCACCCCCCGGGGAAAAGUGGGGGGUGCAGACGUGUCGCAUCUACCAACACAGAGAUUCACCAGAGGUGUGGGUGGCGCUGUGUGCUUACACCAUCCCAGAGGAGCUGCUUCAUGAUUGGGCGAAGCAGUUGGUGACUCUGGCUGACCCUGUGCGGGGCCGGGUCCUUGUACUGUCUGGACUGCGGGCAUCGGAGCUGCUGGCUGCACCACUCGGAAGGACCCUGAGCUCUGCCCCCUGGAAGGACCCCUUGGCAUGGCCCCUCCUUCCUCCCCCCAUGCAUGCAACUGGGCUGCCUGCUGCAGUGGUGAGCGAGGCGGUGCUAAGGGAAGUGCCAGUCGCCCUGUAUCUCCUCUACUCGGAGGCCCCUGCCCCCGACCUCCCCAGCACCCGUGCCUUCCUGCCGGUCCUGAGUCUCCCACCUCUCACAGGCCUCACUCCGACUGUCUCCGAGAAGUCAUCGAGCACGACGCCGUGUGCCCCUCUUCCGGCUGGCGGGGCCUUGCAGAGGAGUGCGAGAGCCACAGCUGCUCUGACCUGGCGACCGCCAUUGUCGCUGCCGUGGUCCCCGCGCCGCUGAGGAGGCUGGACCGUGAUGAGGGCUGGGCCGAGACUGCAGGGGAUGCCCAGCUCCCUAAAGAGCGAGACAACAGCGAGGGACGCUCGCUCAUGGAGCACGUGUUUUACUGAGUGACUGUCACCCAGCAUAAGCCCCCGAAUAAAUAAAAAUGUUGACACUGGCAGUAGGAUUGCCACUUGUCUGGUUCCGACUCAAGACAGUCGAGGUGGCAAGAAUGAAUAUGUACCGAGAUCUGGUGGAAUUCUGUUGAAGUUUAUUACUAUUUACUGCACAGUCUUGAUACACCUAAGGUCCUAGGCUGACUGAGAAAUAUGCCUGUCUGGGUUUGGUCUGUAGAAAAGGUGGCAAUCCUUUCUGGUUGUGGUUUUUUUCAGGCACCAUAGUGCAUUGGGCAUGGUGGCGGUGGUAAGACGCGCCUGUGAUCCAACAGAGUGGUAGCGAGGUUCGUGGGUUGUAUGUAUGUUGAACUUCUAUUUCACCAUAUGUUGCCAACCGUGCUAAUCGGAGGUACAUUAAGACAUCUGCGUGUGUUAUAAAUUAUAGGUUGAAUGGUCUGUAGAAGGCAGAACAGCAAGUGUGGUGGGGGCGGG